AUGGCUGCUCUACCCCCUGUGGGCUUUGUGCCACCGCCUCUGCCACCAGGAUGGACAGAACACAUCGGUCCAAAUGGCCAGCCAUAUUACUACAACGCGCAGACGCAAGAGUCAACGUACGUUCGACCCUUGCCCGCGUUCCCCAUCAUUCCUCAGGCUGCCGUGCCUCCAGUAUUUGCGGCGGCGGCGGCGGCGGCGGCGGCGAAUAAGCCUAAGAAGGAGAAGCCGCUCGUGAAGACCCCCAUCCCGGGGACACCGUGGCUACGCGUAAUUACUACCGAAGGGAACAAGUUCUACACGCACACGGCCGAGAAGCGGAGUGUUUGGACUGUUCCAGAUGAGAUUAAGGAGGCCGUGGAGCAACUGGAGCGGGAGGAGGUUUUGAAGAAAGCGAAGCGGGCAAGGGAGGUGGAGAGGAUACAAAGCGAGGUCAGCGACAUGGUAGGGAAGAGGAAGGCGGAGGAAGUUGUGCCUGUGGACGAGGUUGUGGUGACGAAGAAGGCGAAGGUGGAUGAGGACGACGAGGACGAAGAGGAAGAAGAUGACGACGAGGAGAGUGAUGAAGAAGAAUGGCAGAGGGAGGCGGCCGCUCAGCUCGCAGCGGAAGCUCUGGAGGAGGAACGGAGGAAGGAAGAGGAGAAGAAACGACAGGAGGAGGAGGCUCGCAAGCUGAAGGAGGCGGAAAAGCAGAAGGGCGCUCCGCAAUUGAACAUGCCCGAACGCGUUGAGCUGUCACUCGACGAAGCGAAGGCGUUGUUCAAGACUCUUCUCAGGGAGAAGGACAUCAACCCUCUGCACCCCUGGGACACCUCACUACCACUGUUCGUUUCGGAUCCCCGAUAUGUCCUCCUUCCUUCGGUCUCUGCCAGACGCGAGGCAUUCGACGAUUACUGUCGUGACCGAGCACGCGAACUGAGACAGUCUAAAGUGAAAGUGGAGAAGGAAAUGCUUGAUCCACGGCAAGAGUUCGAUCGUCUGCUAAAGGAGGAGGUGAAGAGCACACGAACGAGCUGGACCGAAUGGCGGAGGCAGUGGAAGAAGGAUCGCCGCUUCUACGGGUGGGGCAGAGACGAUAGGGAACGCGAGAAGCGUUUCAGGGAUUAUUUGAAGGAGCUCGGUGAACAAAAACGAGCCGCAGCACAGAAGGCGGAAGCUGACUUUUUUGCACUGCUCAGAGAAAGCGGACUGGCGAAGCCAGGUGCUGCGUGGAAGGAAAUCAAGAAGAGUCUCACUUCCGAUCCGCGCUACGACGCAGUGGGGUCAUCGUCGCUACGUGAAGAGCUGUUUAACACAUACAUCAAGGCGGGCGCAUCAGAGGCAUCCGCGAAGGCCCAGUCACCAGAGUCGACAGAACAGGGUCACUCCCGUCCGACAGUGCAAGAAGACGAAGAGGAACGAGAACGGUGGCGUAAGGAACGCAAAGAACGCGCUGUAAAGGAGCGUGAAGAGAAGGUCAAGGCGGAGCGCAGCAAGCUCGAGGCGGAGAUCGACCGAUCCAAGCUUGGUCUGUCCAAGGAGGAGGGUGAACUAGAGUUCAGGACGAUGCUCAUCGAUGCUAUCCGGGACCCACAGGUCUCUUGGGAUGCUGUCCAACCGCAGUUACUGAAGGACCCGCGAUUCGUCAACUCGCCACUGCCUCCCAACCAACAAUUGCAUUUGUUUCAUGCUCACGUCAACGCUCUUAGAGAGAAGUAUUUGACAAACCUUCAUGCGUCGUUCGCGUCGCACGCACAGGGACUGAAUACGCCGUUCACGACCCUGCCUGUCACAUCGCUUUUGUCAUCGCUUCCGGUAACGAAGCUCGGUUUCGAUGUCAAUCAGCUAGAGCACGAAUACGAGAAGUGGCAGAGGGAACGGACUCACGAAGCGCGCUUCGCGUUCGAUCAGAUGUUGAGCGAGAACUCCUUCGUCGAGUUCUGGGGACGUCUCGGGAAGAUUGGUGGGAAGGGGGUUGACGCAAAUAUCAAAUAUGACGAUAUAGGAGAAGACACGGAGGAGGACCAGGUCGAUAUGAAGGCGCUUGCUAAGAGUGUGGACCUGAAUGAGAUCAUCAAGGUUCUGAAGAAUGACAAGCGUUACCUUGUAUUCGAUCACGUCCCCGAACAACGAGAGAGGUGGUUGAGGGACUACCUAUCACAAUUACAGGCACCAACGCUCUCUGUCCAUGUUCCAGAAAAGUGACCAUCCCAGACAAAAGGGAUCCUGUCCAUCGUAGCAUGUACAUGGCAUCUCCAUUAUUCACGGUCCUUUGUGGCGCAGACAUUCGAGGGUAUCGCAUGACGAGAGUGACGAGUAUGGCGGUGUCUGCUGCGCCUGAGAAGGUGCCGCAUGCCUCCAUUUGUGGAUACGUGCGAAGGUGCCUCAGCUCAUACUAGCGCCGGAGGAGAAGCUCUUGAUGUCACACGUGUGCUUGGUGCCCUUGGACAUUUCGCCCCGCAGUAUGGCAGUGAUGCCUAUAAGACCCCUUGUGCUACGACUUGUUUCCCCAACCG